AAUUAUCCAAUAAUUGGCGAUCGCGAUGAGCUCAUUCACAUUUCACUCCGUAAUUUGCUCGAAACUUUUUUUAUUAGUUUUACUAUUCAGUUAAUUGCAUACUUGUAAUAAUUUAUACUUCGUUUAAAAGUUUUAUAUUUAUUUAAUAAUUGUGAACAACUGUGUAUUUGUGAUUGAUUUUGUAGUUAAAAUUCGAAACAGGGCCAACGCCUAGUUUUUUUUUUUGAUAAGCAUAACAUUCCGACAUAAUGGCAGCAAUCCGUAAGAAACUUGUCAUCGUCGGCGACGGUGCCUGCGGAAAAACUUGUCUGCUCAUUGUGUUUUCCAAAGAUCAAUUCCCAGAAGUCUAUGUACCUACCGUGUUUGAGAACUAUGUAGCUGAUAUAGAAGUCGAUGGCAAACAAGUAGAACUAGCACUGUGGGAUACAGCGGGUCAAGAAGAUUAUGACAGACUAAGACCAUUGUCUUAUCCUGACACGGAUGUUAUUCUCAUGUGUUUCUCCAUAGAUUCACCAGAUUCAUUAGAAAAUAUCCCAGAGAAAUGGACACCAGAGGUAAAACACUUCUGUCCAAAUGUGCCGAUUAUAUUGGUCGGUAACAAAAAAGACUUGCGCAAUGAUCCAAAUACAAUCCGUGAGUUGAACAAGAUGAAACAAGAGCCUGUAAGGCCAGAAGAAGGGCGAGCAAUGGCCGAAAAGAUCAAUGCGUUUGCUUAUUUGGAAUGUUCAGCCAAGAGCAAAGAAGGAGUUCGUGAAGUUUUUGAAACAUCCACAAGAGCUGCACUACAAGUAAAGAAAAAGAAGAAAGGCAAAUGUGCCUUGUUGACAUUGAUAUCUGAUAAAUGUUGUUUAUUUUUUUAUUUUCACUUCAAUAUUCAAUCAAGCAAUUAUAUUAUUUUAAGUUUCUCGUUAAUUAAAAUAAAAUACACCUGUUGGACAUCGAAUUUAAAUACUCUUCUUACCAUGGCUGCCAUUAGAAAAAAACUCGUCAUCGUCGGUGACGGUGCUUGCGGAAAAACUUGUCUGUUAAUUGUGUUUUCCAAAGAUCAAUUCCCAGAAGUAUAUGUACCGACUGUGUUUGAGAACUAUGUGGCUGAUAUAGAAGUUGAUGGCAAACAAGUAGAACUAGCACUGUGGGAUACAGCGGGUCAAGAAGAUUAUGAUAGACUUAGACCAUUGUCCUAUCCAGACACAGAUGUGAUUCUUAUGUGUUUCUCAAUAGAUUCACCAGAUUCGUUAGAGAAUAUUCCAGAGAAAUGGACACCAGAGGUGAAACAUUUCUGUCCAAAUGUGCCGAUUAUACUGGUCGGUAACAAAAAAGAUUUGCGUAAUGAUCCAAACACAAUUCGCGAGCUGAGCAAAAUGAAACAAGAGCCUGUGAGGCCAGAAGAAGGGCGAGCAAUGGCCGAAAAGAUCAAUGCAUUUGCUUAUUUGGAAUGUUCUGCUAAAAGUAAGGAGGGCGUCCGUGAAGUAUUUGAAACUUCAACUAGAGCAGCUUUGCAGGUUAAAAAGAAAAAGAAGGGACGAUGCCGUCUACUUUAAAUUAAUAGAAAUCAUACAUAAAAAUUAAUAACAUAAAUUGCCAUGGUUUUAUUUUUAAUUUAAGUUCUAUUCUCGCGUUUCAGUCUUCCGGGUUUUAGCCAAGCAUAAUAUAUUUCAACAAUUUUUUUUUGUAUAGAAAGGGGAUAAGGUUACUUAAUUGUCAAUAUCAAUUCUCAUCUAUAAAUAUUGUUUUUCUUUUUGUUAAGAUAUUUAUAUUUAUAUAUAUUUU